AUGGGUAAAGGAUUUAUUUUCAUUGACGGCACUAAGUCGGAUAGGUCUACGAAGAGGGCUGCCCGCAGUCAUGCGAUGAGGGAGAAGAACAUCGGGAAGACACAUCAUCGAGGCGUGAAACCAGCUCGAGGCUUGACUGGCCUGUCAACUUCGCAAGGACAUGGCGGCAGACGAGACAACGUCUUGCCAUCGCAUGGCUCUGAUUCGAUCCCUCUUUGCCAGUCGCUACCUCCGCUUCUGUCAAUGAACGUCGCGCCUUGGAGUCUCGAAGUGGCCAAGACAUAUUUCACAUCUGUUUUAAUGGCCGUGUAUCCCUCGAAGCUCUGCCUCUCACUAGACCGUAUCAAGUCAUACUGGAUCCGCAUCAUGUUUUUAGAUCAGACAUCCUACCACUGCUCCCUUGCUUUGAUGUCUAUCUUAAACGCUUUCGUUUUUGGCAAGGAGCCCGUGUCAUGGGAAGCCACGUACCACCUAGGUCAAGCUGUGGCCCUCGUGAAUGAGAAACUUGAUACGCCAGACGCCUUGUCGAAUUCGAACCUGGCAGUGGUCAAUUUCCUUGUUAUACGAGAUAUGUUCAAAGAGGACGAAGCCAGCGCAAAGAUACAUCUACGAGGUCUGCACAAGAUGCUGGAACUGCGCGGUGGCCUCUGCAUGGUAGAGGACCGUACCCUGGCUUUGAAAUUAGCCAAAACCGACAUCGAUUUUGCACUUCACUACGGGGCGUCAGUUGUUUUAUUUCGGGAUCGCAUGGCCCAGGCUGCCCAGAAGUUGGGCAUGCCUACAUGUAGCCUUGUCGGCGGGAGCUCUGUCUUCUCUACGCCAUGCUCGGCAGAGUCAAGCCCGGAUCUCCAGAAAAUAAUUCAGGAUGUCAAUAGUCUUGCGUUUUGGUUCAAUAAUGACGACACCUGCGACGCUGACCCGGAUGAUCUGCAAGAGAUCAUUGUAUCAGUGGGAUACCGUCUGGUUCGAUUUCACUCGUUGGGCAGUCCUCCCAUGGAAGGUUAUCCGAACUCGGUAUAUCACAUUGGCCUGAUCGCUUUUCUAACUACACUAUUCCUGCAAACCGGAGGCAGAAGAUUUCUAAAAUAUCACCUUGUUGCUCGGCGUUUACGGGACAUCGUCAACCGGGGACAAAGUGAGCCGGACAAGAGGCCUCUAUUAUGGCUACUCUUCAUUGGUGGAAUAUCAGUAUUGGAAGAAUCAGAUCAGCCAUGGCUACUACAGCGUAUAAACGAAAUUACUCAGCUGUUAGCUAUUGAGAGCUGGACGCACAUGGAGAGCAUCCUGUGCCGCUUUCCGUGGAUUCACCACAUGCAUACUGAGCUUUCUAGACAUCUAUGGGAGUUAGUAGUCUUAAUAUGA